CAGGAGCUCUCGCAACAGAGCGACAAACAGAGGCAGCCUCUGCCCCACGCAACGCGAAAAGGCAGUCAGGACCAUCAUGGACUACAACGCCGAGCAUAGCCUCGCCCCGCCGCCGCCGCCGAGCGCGGCUCCCGCAAACCUGCCGCCGGGCUGUGUCACGGGCGCCCAGGCGGCUGCCAUGGCCGGCCACGGCGGGGCGCCGCCGCCGCAGUACAACAGCUUCACGUCGCCCCGCAGCGCCGCGCCGCCGCAGCCCUUCGACGCGAACGGCGAGCCCCAGCAGGGCUUCUUCCCCGACGCGGGCGCGCCGCCGCCGCCCUACACAGCGCAACAACCGCCCCCUGCCACGAACGCCGACGGCAAGGUGUGGGGGCGCAAGGCCGACGGCAAGACGGGCUGGGUCACGCCCAAGGCCGGUGACAUGAACGACGAGGGCCCCUCUCGGGCUCCCGUGAUGCCGGUGGCCGCCGUGGCUCCCCCGGUGGCCCAGGUCGUGCCCAUGCGCGCGCUGCGCAAGCAGUUUUCUGGGCUCACUGGUGUUUCUGGUGCCUUCUCGGGCAAGGACAAGGAGGAGGAACUACGGCAAGAACGGGCGAAGCUCGAGGCGGACAAGCUCGCGUUCGAGCGCCAGAAGCUCGAGGCGGAGCGCAAGAAGCUCGAAGAAGAAAGAGCGAGGCUCGCACAACCCGUAGCGGAGGACGCGAAGUGGUACUGGGAGGAGUCACCUGAACGAUUACACCUCCACCAGAACCUGAAACGGCCCCACUGGGUGCCGUACGAGGCCGAGGCGACGCAGAAAUUGGAACGGGCCUGGCAGUCCAAUCAAAUGUCCGUGCCGCUCAACGCGUCGUACACCGCGAAUCUCACGGCCAUGACGCAGAUGAAGAAUUUAAAUGGAUACAAGCGGCGCAUAUUGCGCGACGCGCGCGGUGUGAGGGACACAUCACCUCCGCCGCCGCUCGCGCCGCUCAAAGUCGUGACCUUUGACGAGAAGGUCGAGAAGCUGACGUGCUACUACCGUUUGAAUGAAGAGCAGAUUUCAUAUAGUGAGCACGAGCGCAAGGCCCGCGAGCGCGGCGCCACCGUCGCCUCCAUCGGGUCCGCCGAGGAGAACGAGGCCGUCGUGCGCGUCGCACGGGGGCAGUUCUGCUUCAUUGGGGCGCUCCGCAUCGGCGGCGGCAACGGGCCGACGUCCGCGAACUGGAAGUGGGCCGACGGCAAGCCCUUCCAAUAUACAAACUGGUCGCGGGACGAGCCGAACAACUACAUGGGCCACGAGGACCGCGUCAUGAUCAUGGGCAACGGAAAAUGGAACGACAUACAUCAAGGGUGGACCGGCCCGGCCGUCUACCGUUUUGCGGGUAAGCCGCAGUGGUACUGGGAGGAGUUCGUGACUGCGUAGAAAUCAUAUUUUCUCCACGCCAUCGACGCGACGCCGCCUCGAUGGCGUGGCGGUGUGGGUUUCCCACCACUCGAUUCAGUCGUCACGGCCGCGUUGUCGCCAAGAAGUGACUUUGUGCACUCGACUCACUUCAUGAUUUGCGCAGGUCCGCGGAACGGUUACGCAACCACGCCAACCUCAAGCCCGGCACGAAUUUCGUGCCCUAUUCUUCAAACGACAACGACAAGCUCGAGGAGAUGCAUAUGGCGCACAAGCCGUUCUGUCGCCUGAACCCAGGUUACGGCGUCGACCUCAUCAAGAUGCAGCAGACGAGCAUGUCCACGGGCUACGCGCGGCGCGUGAUCCGCGAGGCGAGCGGGCCCCAGGUGUCGAGUCCGCCGCCCGUGAUCAAGUACGAUCGAUCGAGGGUGGCCUGGUACUGGGAGGAGAGCCCCGAGCGCAUGGGGAUGCACAGUUUGGUGAAGCCGCCGCAUUGGGUGCGCUUCGACCCAGCCACCGAAGACAAGCUCGAGUCAGCUUUGCAAUGCGGCAACGCCGGCGUCAUGACAGUCCCUGGCAAGUACCACGCGGACAUCAAGUCGAUGAUGCAGAAAAACGUGAACACUGGUUUCGGGCGGCGCAUCUUCCGGGAGCUCGCCUGAGCCACCUCAUGAAUUCCUUCGUCCCAUUCCCUGCUUCCGUGCACGCGUAAAUUCCCAGAAUUCCCUACCUAUGGAUCCCAUCGGGGCUCGCGACUACGUACGGUGACCGGCACGCGGCGCCGUCCGUGGCCACGCCGGGCCAGAUCUACUACAUAUGUUAGCGCCCCGCGUCGACCGGCCUCGAGU